CCUGUAUAAUUUUCUCAUACUUUAACAUAAUUCAUGCUGUGAAGUUAUAAAAUAACUGUGUUGUUAAGUCAACUUAUGAUAAUCUUUUCUUUAUAAGACAGGCACCUCUGUGGCAUGGUAGUUCCAAGUAAUGCUUGCAUCCUUGGAAGAAGUAAAUUGUGUCUUUUCCGAAUGAAAUCAAAUUUCUGGCUUAAAAAUGGCAAGCACAAUGUCUCUAAAUCAUUAGUUAUUAGGCUUUGGAGAGUCGAAUGAAUGUUAUUAUACACAGUAGUGAAGUCUAACGAUAUCUAUUCUCAAUGGCAAAGAAAAUUUGUGCAUCUUAUUGCUUCCUGCUCUGCCUAAUCAUUGUUUCUAUAACAACAGACUCAUUAGAUGAUUCUUCAGGCAAACAGUCUAAGAAGCUCAAAUUAGGAGUCAUAGUAGAUUUAACUUCCCAUGAAGGGAAGGAAGAAAAAAUAGCAAUGCAGUUGGCAAUUGAAGAUUUUUAUGCCAAUUCCAGUCAUCGUCCCAUGUUACAAGUCAAAAACUCGCAUGGAGAUCCCACGAAAGCCGUUUCCUCAGCUAAGACACUCAUCAAGAACCAUCAUGUACCAGCAAUCCUAGGCUUGGGGACCUGGGAAGAGGCUGCCCCUGUUGCGAAGCUUGGUGAUGAAUCUAAAGUUCCUGUUCUUUCCCUGGCAAACAUAAUACCGCAGUGGUCAUUCCAGCGGUUGCCUUUUUUGAUUAAUGCAGCUCGCAGCCAACUUGCUCAGAUGAAAGCUGUGGCAGCUAUAAUUCAGAGCUGGCAGUGGCGAAAAGUAAAUGUCCUAUAUGAAGAUAUUCCUUCAACAAUUUCAGGUAUCUUUCCGUAUUUAAUAUCUGCUCUUCGAGAUGCAGGCUCUGAGAUUAAUGACCUUCUGCCUCUGCCUACACAUUCGAUAUCAGAAUCACUAAGGCACCUUAAGAAUGGUCAAUGCAGAGUUUUCAUUGUUCAUACUUCUGCAGAAAUAGCGAAUACUAUCUUUAAAGAAGCAAAGAAAUUAGGAAUGAUGGAAAAUGAAUUUGUGUGGAUCACGACUGUUGGCAUUACGAAUUUGAUCGAUACAUUUAAUUCAUCUGUCAUUUCAUCGAUGCAAGGUGUUGUAGGAGUCAAAAGUUACUAUUCUCAAUCUAGCAGGCGAUUCAAAAACUUCUACUCUAGAUUUCGGAAAAGGUUCCUAUUGCAAUACAAACACGAUUCAUUUCCAGAACCCGGGAUUAAUGCUUUACAAGCUUAUGAUGCUAUAUGGGCUGUAGCUCUGGCAAUGGAAGGAUUUCCAUUCCAAAAGUUUCUUCAGAAUACGAACAAUAGCCUUCCUAUGGCAGCGGUAAGAGGACAGAAGCUUUUGAGCAGAAUAAAAGAAAACAACUUUGAGGGUUUAACUGGAGCAUUCAUUUUGAGAAAGGGAAUGCUUGCUUCUGCUAAUAUUUUCCGGAUAACUAAUGUCAUAGGGAAGAGUUAUCGAGAAGUUGGAUAUUGGACUGAGAAACUGGGUUUCUCAGAAACCAUCGACAUCAGUGAAAAGUAUAGCAAGUCAAUGAAAAUUCUAGGACAGGUAUUUUGGCCUGGAAAUCCUUGGUUAGUACCUAGAGGAUGGUCAGCACCAACUAAUGAUAGGCCCCUUAAAAUAGGAGUUCCUACGACGAAUACACAUAAGGAGUUUAUAGAAGUCGAACCUGAUCCUCAUAAGGGUUAUGUAACUGUUUCAGGAUUUACCAUUGAUGUCUUCAAAUCCACCCUCGAAUCUCUACCCUAUGCCUUGCCGCAUAUUUUUGUUCCUUUCAAUGGAACCUAUGAUUCUCUGGUUCAGCAAAUUAAACUUCAGAUUUUUGAUGCAGUAGUUGCUGAUACAGCAAUAGUCGCGAAUCGUUGCCAAUACGCGGAGUUCUCGCAGCCUUAUGCCGAGCCAGGCCUCCAAAUUGUGGUGUAUGUUAAGCCUAAAAAAUUCAACAAAGGUGGGUUGUUUAGAAAACCAUUGACAACAUCUAUGUGGGUCAUCACAGGAGCAAUCAACAUUUAUAAUGGAUUGGUUGUUUGGAUAAUUGAGAGACACUACAACAGACAGUUAGUUCAAUUCCCUUUCUGGGAGCAAAUUGGUAGAAUGCUCUCAAGUGCAUUCAUCACACUCUUUUCAUUAAAAGGUGAUAAAAUGCAUAGCAAUUUGUCUCGGAUGGCAAUGGCGGCAUGGCUUUUUGCUGCACUGGUCAUCACUCAAAGUUUCACUGCCAACUUAACGACCUUGCUCACUAUUGAAAGACUUGAUCCAGUUCUUGUAAAUGUUGAGACAUUGAAGGCGAGUAGAGCAAAAGUGGGGUGCGACGGGAACUCGUUUGUCGUGAACUAUUUGGAACAAGCUCUCGGUUUUGAUCCUGAAAAUAUUGUAAAAGUGUAUUCAAGUGAUCAUUAUGCUCAGGCUCUUUCUAGUGGAAAAAUAGCUGCAGCAUUUUUAGAAGUUCCAUAUGUCAAAGUUUUCCUUGCCAAAAAUUGCAUAGGAUUCAGUACUUCAGGACCAACAUAUAGAGUUGGAGGCUUUGGAUUUGUAUUCCCAAGGAAUUCACCAUAUCUUCCUGACAUUUCAGAAGCCAUUCUGAGAGUAGCAGAAAGUGGUAGACUCAAGGAUCUUGAAAGCUCUAUGACAUCCAACUACAAAUGUGCCGCCUCCAAGUCAGAUAAUCAUGACAGCUUGGGAGUAAGUAGUUACUGGGGUAUUUUUGCGAUCACUGGAGGAACAUCUACAUUAGCUGUUUUACUCUUUGUCAUUGGUCGUAUCCGUGAAAGGCAGCACCAACCAGUGGAUGGACAUCAGAAUGAUCCUAUGGCCGAUGAACACCAGCAGCAGCAGCAGCAACAACAACAACGGGAACCACAGCUCCAACAACAUGAUCCUAUGGCCGAUGAACACCAGCAGCAGCAACAAUGGGAACAACAGCUACAGCAACAUGAUCCUAUGGCGGAUGAACAUCAUUUGCCUGAUCAACUGCAGCAGCAUCAAGAUCAUGCUGUGGAUGAGCAUUUCAUAUGAACUGUUAGCACGGAUAUAUUCUUUAUGCAAAUAUCCAAGAAAAUGAUAUGAUCCGAAACAUCAAGAAAAACUCCGGUAAACACAGAAUUCAAAACAACCUAACACAGAAUUCAAAACAACCUUCAUCCAUACUGUCAUAAUAAAGCAAAGGGGAAACCUAUCUCAAGGUCUCCAAGGUCCCUUAGAAAUUAAUUGGGGCUCAUCAAGUCCUUGUAUUGCUACUUUUUCAAUUAUCAAGUGAAUGGAUAAGGCUCCGAUACCAUAUUAUAUUCCA